AUGACUUCCUUCAAGCCAAACACCCCUAACAAGCCUGAGACCUACUCCAUUAUUGUACCAGGCAUUACUCCUGACGCGGCCCUGUUAUCUGAACAAUUGCUACAAAAGAACAAUAGGGAGUUCCACAUCUUUUUCAACGAGAAAAAGUUUCACAACCAUUUGAUUCAUCAUCUGCUGGCUGCUUAUUCCUUGGGCGCAAGCAAGCAGAAGCUCCAAGAGAUCUUUGAUGAUCAUGCCAAAGAUCAGCGUCCAUUGCCUCCUUCUGUGGGCACCAUUACUCGCGAGAAUUACACCAAAUACCUCGGCCAAGCUGACGCCUACGCCAGUUUCCUCACUUUUUUCCAGUAUGAAGUGGAAAAAAACGGCUCCAUUGAUACUGUGCGUCGUUGGGUCUGGAGUGGCGAUAUGCUGGCUCGCACUGUAGGUGGCGCUUACCACCCUUUGAUUCACAUUGGUUAUGGUCUUGAGUUUGGCAUUCCAGGCAUUGUAGCUGAAGGCUUGGCCAUGGCAAGCUGUACUGAACCCCACUUUGUCAAGAUUGUACCCGAUCAGCCUCCGUUGAACACAUCUUCGAUGGUACCAGCACAGGCGCAAUCCUACGCUGAAAAUGCAACAUCUGCCGCUCGAGGCUAUGUCAACACAUUUGUCGAUCAACUCACUAAUCAAAUCUCUACGCGUUUUGGUAUAUCUGAUGAAACAACCUCCUCAGCGCAGGCGAAUCGUGAUGUCAAUGCAAACAAGAGCAGUGAUGAUGAUGAUAUCCCGGUUUUCUUGAAAGAGAAUUCCUUGUUCCAUAUCUUGAACAAAAUCAGAAAGGAUCCCGUGUUUGACAAUGUCGUUGAUUUCAAAGACCAGAACAAGAUGCAGACCUUGCUCAAAAACAAGGAGGCUUUGGACAGAAUCAACCAUUACGUAAAUCAAUGGACCGUCAACGACAAUUCAAAGGAUAUUCAGGUUAAAUUCAAGGAGCUCUACACAUGCAUCUCAUUGGCUGUGGGUUCUACUGGCCUGCGUGAUGAUCAUCCUGGCGUAUUAAAGUUGGAUUUCUUCUUGAUGCAUGCUCUCACCUCGUCCGAGUUCUUGCAUCAGUACAUUUCAAGAAUCACGCCGUCCGAAUCUGUCAGCUUAUUGCACGCUCAUCUCGCCAUCACCAUCUUUUAUUACAUCACAAGAGGCAGACCCAACUUCAAUGUCGAGGCUUUGUUGGCGUACAAGUCGCCCAGCAAUGUAGCAUCCAGCAACAACAACUGGCUCAAUGUGUUUGACAAGGCUCUUCAUUGUCAAGAGCCUCAUGUCAUCAAGACAGUCCGAUCCUGCGCCGUUGCUCAAGUCAUGUAUGGACCUCAUGAGGACAGUCGUCUGAACGCAGUCUGGCUUCAAGUAGCUCAAAUGGCAGUCGACAGGGAUGGCCAUUGGGAUUUCUCGGGACUUGGCUUUGAUCAAAACUGGGAAUCAUCUGAAAAGCACUAA